AUGCAAGCCACAAUCCGUCGUCAUGAGAAGAAAGCGGAAGAGACGCCAAAGGGGAGGAAAGAGGGGGAAACUGAGAUCACGCACGUUGACGGUUCAGACAAUUCUCUGCUCCCGCUACCACUAGCGGUCAAUCAUUCGUGGUGGAAGAACCAAGCAAUGAACGGGAUCAACUCAGUCCCAUGGAGAGACAGUGAGGAGAAAUUUCGGCGCUCUGGAGCCAAUGAUCAUGAUGAACCCCUCUCGCCAAUGACAUCUGUGUGGCCAAACCCAUUAUUUCGACUGAGUGAAGUGACUACCAGUGGGCAUUCAAAAGCAUUCUCUCCUUUUGGUUAG